AUGCCGUUUCAUGGCCCAGCUGAUGACACUGGAGGAGUUGACGGCAAAUACAGCCUGAGUACCACGCCCACGCCCACUGUCAUCGCCCGGGCGGGCUCCCAGCCCCUGGCCACCAGCAGGCUGGGGGACAAGUAUGUCAUGCCCCCGGCGGGGGCCAGCGUUGGCCCUCCAAAUAAGCACAGUGCCCUGGAACCACUGAAAGCCAAAUUCAACCCUCAGCCUCAGGGUCAGCCUCAUGUGAAAGGUGACGGGGGCCCCCCUCUACCUCCCCGAGAGCCCCCCUCCAAGGCCGGCCAGGGCUCCAGAGGGAACGCCACCCUGCAGGCCCCGACUGCCCUGCAGGCUGUGAAGCAGGAACCCACGCCCGAGGGCCCCGAGAAGCCUCUGGACAUCCUCAGUAUCUUUAAGACGUACAUUCCCAAGGACCUCGCUACCCUCUACCAGAGCUGGGGUGCCAACGGCCCUGCACUGGAGCACAGAGGGGUGCUCCGGACACAGGCCCGCCAAGGAGACUUCGUCUGCGUGGAGUGUGGGAAGUGCUUCCACCAGCCCAGCCACCUCCGGGCCCACAUGCGGGCUCACUCAGUGGUGUUUGAGUCCAACGGCCUCCGAGGUGCGGACGUCCAUGCCACCUCCACAGACGCCCCCAAACAAGGGAGAGACCAUGCUAACACAGAUACCGUGCAGACAGUGCCUCUCAGAAAGGGAACCUAGAGACCCGUUACCAGCGCACCCUGUGCCCUGUGACAGCCGCUAGCAGCCCCUCAUGGAUGUCCCAGCCGUGACCCUGCCCGCCCGGUGGAGCCAGCUGGAGCACCCCGACCCGACACGUCCAGGCCCGGAGCCGCCGUGCAGGCAUGGAGCGAGUGUGACGGGCCCGGCCUCUUCUCGAACGUUUAGAAAUAAAUGAAGAUGCUAUGCUCUAGAAUUUCAUGUAGAUACUCUGUAUGCAUUUAUGUGCUCGUCACCCAGAGUCCCGUAUUUCCUCCUAAUAAACAGUGGUGUUGGCAGGCGCGGCAGCAGUCCCAGCCAUCUGUGUUGUUGAAGACGAGUUGGAGACACUGGAAAAGAUUCUUGUGUGGACUGGACAGAGUGCAGCUGCUCAGCACGGUGACAGAAGCCGCCGCCACCGGGCCGCAGGACUGUCCUGGUGGCGCCCGGCCUGGCCAGUGCUAUUGCUCCGGCCCCUCCUGUCUCAGUGGGCGUGUCCGUGGAGAAAGGAAGACAGGAAGAAGCUGGCUCAGGUGCUGUGCAAACCAGGCUUGGUGCGGUAGGGCCGGUGACAGAUCCUAACCCGUCCAUGGUUCGUGGCGUCCCCGUCCCCUUGGGGGCCCUCCGCGCUCCCUGCGUGCGCCAUCCAUCCUUGGCACCGUGUGCCCCGUGGAUCAGCAGAGGCAGCUCGGCUGCGGGAGUCUUGUGCUGGGCUUGGGAAGAGAGCUAGUGGAACGCUAAGAAACGCAGGCUUCUGUUUAUUCUCAGGACCUUUUGUAACAGGGCUCCAUCCUGCAAACUGCUCACAAAGGAAGACUGCCUGUCGCAACGUCGCCUGGCCGCUGUGCCCUCCCAGGCUGGCCCUGUGUCAGUCACGGCAGCAGAAUCCCUGGGCGGGUUUGGGGACCCCUGAUCACCAGGGUGCUGGGGCUCUGGAACCUUCUGCCCUCCUCCCCUCUCUCCCUGCACCACCCCAGCAAGCAGGUGUGUUUCCUCCGUGGGCCUGGCGCCCUCCACUGGACAAACACCUUUGUUCCCAGAGCGUGGAGGUCCCCAGGCCCCUGGGUGUGGGUGGUUCUAUAUACCUCUUCCUCAGUCACACAAAUGCAAGCUUUUGUGGUGGGGGUUAAAGCCCGGAGCAAAGGAUCUUAAGCCUUGCAGUGUACGCAGUGAAAAUUGUAUUCCACAGAUAUAAAUAUUUUCUUUUCCCAGUACCGUGACACUAUGUGUGAUGGUAAUAUUUCUGAGAGUUUCAGAUUUUUGCACAUAUGAUUUUAUGCAUUAUCAAAAGUUACUGCUGCCUUGAAUGAAAACGUUCUGUGAAAUUUUUUGCAAGAGCUUUACUAGGUUUUUUUUAAUUGUGAAAUUUUGUAAAGGCAGGAAAUGGAUUAAAAGGAGCAUGCUAAAUAUAUUUUUCAAGAAAGCAAUAAUUUUACAUGUACAGAAAUUAUCCUAACCUUUAAUACUGGUGAGAGCAACAGUUUACUUAAUGCAGUAAUGGAUUAGCGCAGGUUUUGUAGGAAAUGGGCUUCUGAUACAAAGACGUGUUUAAACACACACACACACACACACACACACACACCCUACAGUGUGGUUCUCUUGUUCUAAUGAUUUGUUGAAUUAUUAUAUUAUUGUUGUUGAUAUUAGUUAAUGUUUGGUUCUGGAUUCUCCUUGUUACUGAGUUUAAAUUACUUGAUGGUUCAGGUUACUUUGCAACACUUGCAAACAAUGCAAAGUAACUGGCUAGCUUAUGUAUACACAUAUACGCAUAUACACACAUGUACGUAUCACACCUACGUAUAUACACAUAUAUAUGUGUGUGUAUAGCUCUAACGUUUUUACUUGUUUUUUCCUGAUAUCCUUACGUCAGAUAUGCGCCAGAGUGACCUGUCCUGUUGGCGUAAUUAGGACUUGUCCCCUACAGAUACUGUCGAGCGACUGUAAUUGACUUCUGUUAAGUGCUUCUGAGCAAAGUUGCAGAUACAUUCCUCUGUCCACCUGAGAAAUCCAAAUGCCUUUCUGUUGACUUAUGUUUGCUCAGUUUGAUAGUUUGCCCUCUCCACCCCCCAGUGAUGAUUUCUGCAUUUUCUGGCUUUUAGUUUCUUGGCUGAAAGUGAGCGGUGACCAUUUAGGAGCACACAGGGGCUAGUGAUUUAAGUCCCGUCUGUUUCUCUGUGUUUUAGUUAUUAAAAGGAAUUCUGUACCCAAAGUGACACGGCAGUGGCGUGUCCGUUCUUCCUGUUCCGGAAGUGGCCCGCAGAGCUGGGAGGCUCCUCUCCUGGGCGCCUGGUGGAGUUUCCAGCGCCCCGCUGGUAGAGGUGCGACCCAGUCAGUUUAAAUGACCGAGAACUGCCGAGAGUGCAGGAACCAGGCAUUUCCUUACUUAAACAGACGGGAGGGGACCCUCCCAGGACGCCCCCCUCCAAGACAGGGCUUUUUUGGGCCUGACUGUGGUUCCUUCCUGCCCCUGAUCAUCAGUAUUGUAUUGGUUUGUUAACGCGUUUAUGUCAGUUCGACCAUAGUAUUUAAUAGGAUUUGUGUGUCCUUAUUUAUUUAGCAAUAUGUUUUGAUUUGCUUUUUUUCAAAUGAUGAUUUCCGCAUGAUCUCUCCUGUAAGUCACCUUCUGACUGUUACAGACUUCCUACUACCUCUAGCAAUCUGCUGUCUCCUUGAUUCUUAACAGGAUUUUUACAGUGCUGGCGUCUAAUGUAACUUAGACAAUAAAGGGUUUGGUUGUCUCCACUGCAGCUCCUCCGUGUACCGCCCCCGCCCGCCUGCGCUGGCUUAGGCUCCUGCUGGGUGGCUGUCCUUGCCCUGUCUCCCCCGGCUCACGUCUCCUACUCAUCGCGGAAUUCAAGUAAUGCACAAAUAAUGAGCUUGUAGAACUCUUUCAGGUUAUUCACUCAUAUUCCUUAAUUUGAAGAAUGAACAUUCAGUUUCUCUGAAAAAUCCUCUGUUAGGCAUCUUCUCUGGGAAAUCAUCCGCUGUCCUGUCACUCUUCUGCCUGGGAGGUCUUAUGGCAAUCGUGGAUGGAUAAGUUUCACCGUGGUCAAAAGAAUACUGAUUUUCAAGCCAAAAGGAUUUUGCCUUUUUGGUUUUGAAAAGUAUUAAAUGCUUUAAGAGGUUCCCCCUAAUAGUUAUUUAUUUUUUAAACCAAGGAAGACACUGGUUUCCUGAAAAGAAGGUUUUCAUGGAAAUUGCACUGCGAAUGACAUAUGGCCACUUGGGAUGAUAAAGGAAGAGUGACUUUGCUGAGUAUGUCAAGCGAGAGUCGAGCUCACAUCUGGUCGCUCUGCCACGGGCUCUGUGACAUUCUAGAAACAUCUCCGUAAAGGCACAUGCACAGGUAGGCUGGGGACUCAGCGCUCCGGCGAGGUGGACCAUGGAUGCAGCAUUUGCCAGGAUUUGCCUCCCCAGGGUGCAGGCCCGGGCCGCCGCACGUUCUUUCCACCGAGAGAAAGUGCCGCUCAGAGGACCAGUGUCUUCUGUCACAGAGAGUGACAGCGGUUCUUGGUCUGUGCCGGGAGGACAGUACACAUCCCGGACUGUCAUGGCCACAUUCUCUUCACCCACAUUCCUUCUUGAAAACAAGACGAGUUACCACCCCUGAAACCCAAAAGUUUUCAGAAAUAUACACCAAGGCGGACCGCGUUUGUACAGCUGUUCCCUUCCUCUCUGGGGUCGUCUCUGUGUCUGAAGUGCAUGUGCUGCUUUUGGCUUUCCCGAGUGCUCAUCGCAGAACAGUCUACUUACUGAGCAAAGACAGAAAAGCAGCGACAGGCCAGGGCUCCAAGCAUCGUGUGCACGCAGCGUCGCUGCGAUGACGGGGGGGGUAUUCAUUCUUCAUCCAUUUUGCUGAUUAUACUUUGAGGCAGUAAAAUGCAAAAGACCAUAGAAUUUGUAUUUCUUUUUUAAAUACAAUUUAUAACAUUAUAUUUUGUACUCUUUAUAUUAGAAUUUGUAACUAGAUUGAUGUAUUUAACUCUAUUUCUGAAAAAAGAAUUCAAUGUUUCAGUUGUGUGAUAAAAUAUUUAGAUAA